AUGUCCAGCUCUGAGAAACCCAAUAUCCUUACAACCAAGUUUAAAGUUCAUGACGAUCCAGAUGACAAAGCUUUCACGAUCGAAAUUCCCUGGCAAGAAAAAGUCAGCAAAGUCAAACAAAGAGUCAAAAACAAACUAGCCACCCGAUUGAACGAUGACGAUGACAUUGGUCUUUAUCUCGAUGUCCCGCACAAUCUUAUGGAACCAGAGGAGAACUUUUUAAAAGAAUUUAAACCCGAGGAUAUUGAAAGAAAUAUUGUUGUCAUUAUCAUUGGCGUGGAGCAUCCUACAAAACGUGACGUAAUGUGGACCAAAACCCGGAACGCCGAAUACCAUAAUAUUGACGGAAAUGGUAAAAUGGAUUUUGGGGAUAGUGUUGGAUAUGCCACGGGCGAGCAGAAAUUCUAUGUUAAGCCACGAGAAGAUUAG